UUGAAAGCAGUUAAUGGUAAUUUCUCCACCGGAAAAGUAAAAGCAUUCGUCAAGUCCGCUCCAGUGCCUCGUGACGACAAGGGCCCGGUGCGCACGUUAGUAGCUUCGAACUUUGACAAGACUUUCGAACCUAAGUAUAAAGAGCUAGCGACCAAUUUGAAGAAAACGCAACCAAAUCUCAUCAUUGCUAAGUUCGAUGCAACCGCUAAUGAUGCUCCACCCGCGUUCAUGGUAUCAGGAUUCCCCACUAUAUACUUUGCUCCCAGUGGGAAAAAGUCAACUCCAAUCAAAUACGAUGGAGAUCGCGACCUAGAAGAGAUCACCAAGUUCAUGGAGUUGCAUGCAGUAAAGUCAUUCCAGAAGAAGGAAGAUUCAAAGAAAGAAGAACUCUGA